AUGGCCAAGGCAAUCUCGCAUCCUGCCUCUGUCUACCACUCCCGAGAACAGGAUGAUAUGGGUGCAACUGCGCGGGCUCGAGCCCAGCAGUCUACACGGAAGCUGAGCAUCUCCCCAAACAUCUUGGAGCUCUUGACAGUGCCUUGUUGCUUGGAAGAAUUGGAAGUUGAUUACCGGCCUAGAAUUUCAGAAGACCUAAAAAUAGGUAGUGCAAUCUCAGAUCAGGCCACUCAAACUGAUGUAAGUGAAAUAGGAGAUCUAAAAGAGUUUAUCAUAACAACAAGAACUUUGUUAAAGUUCACAAAUUCUAUAUAUGAUGAUUUUGCAAUGUAUAAAAAUGUCCUUAAAACACAGUAUGAGGAAAAAAUACAUGAACAGGCAUCCAACCUCUGGUUAGAAAUAAGUGACAGACUGAAACACAUUGAGGACUUUUAUAAGCAGAAAGAAGUCAAAAUACGACAGAGCUACCAGCAACAGUUAUGUGAUGCCCUUGCAAUUCUCAAAUCAAACUAUGCAAAACAUUUCCAUACAGAGGUAAAAAUAUCUGCAGAGAGUGAAGAAUCUAUAGCCGCAAAGAUAGGAAGACUAAGGAACAAGAUUGAAGAGCAAGCGGCUACAAUCGAAAGUUUAGAAGGAGAACUACAGCAGCAGAAAGAAAGAGAAAAAAUAGACGGCUUCUUAAUCUUUCAGCUUCCAUAUGACAGAGACAUUGAAACAGAGUUGCUUCAGCAAGAAAAUCGGGAGUUCAAGGAACAAAUGGCUAGCCAGCUUGGCAAAUUUGCACGCCUUCAAGAAACUCUGAAACGCAAAGAGAAAGAACAUACUGACUUAGAGACUGAAAUGAAACAUAUGCAGGACAAAAAAGAAAGAGAUAUGAACACAAUUGAAAAGCUGCUGAACACUCAAGAAAUCCUAAAGUUGGAGCUUGACAGGGAGAAGCAGAGAGUUUUAUCAAAAGCUCGGGAAGUAAAAGAAGCACAAGACACUGUAGCCAAAUUAACAGGAGCUGUAGCUCAUACUGUACCAAAGGUGCCAUCAGUCCAUGAACCAAAACCAGGAAAGGGAGGGAAAAAACUGAAAGGAAAGGCAGCAAAAGAAGCCAUCGCCAGGGCAGCCAUCGCUAGGGUAGCCUCCACCAGGGAAGCCACUGCCAGGGAAGAUUCCGCCAAACAAAAAAGAGAAUUGGGACAAGAUCCAGCGGCUGAGAAGAAAGCAUUACUUGAUGAGAUAAAGAAGCUUAAAAAAGCUGAACAUGAGGCAAAGCUGCAUGUACAGAGACUUGAACAGGAGUUGCGUCAGUCUGGUCGAUCUUGGCAACUAAAAUUUGAAAUCCUGAAGAAAAGCAUGCAUGCCCUUAAGGAUGAGAUGUUCCUUAGACAGUCAUUACGUCAAUCAACCAAAUUUAGACGCCCAUCACUGGUUGAUAGGACAGCUGCUCCUCUGCAUAUCCAGAACCAGAACAUUCCAAAAUCAUUUUCAAGUAGUUUAUUUAUUCAAUAUGCACCUCUGCCAGAUAUUAGUUCCCAGAUAUCCAUAAGUUCUCAGACAGCCAUAGAGACAGACGAAAAUUUUGAUCUCAGUAAAAUUCCAGUUACAAUUGAAAUUCCCAGAGCGUAUGAGGGCGAGUCUGUGGAUGAAGAAGACUUUGAUGAAUUGCCCCAUCUGCCUUCACCCCUUUCUUCUGUACCCUGAUAAUGGGCAUAGGAGCCACCUGCAGGGAGACAGAGAGAGAAAGCAGGAAUUCACUGCAACAUCUGGUCUCACGCCAGGGCUAUCCGUGUGCAGCUCUAGCAAGAGUGGAUAAUUUAAGUUCUCCUAAUGAGCUC